GUCCGCGGCGCGUCGCCGUACAGCAGUCGCGACUCCCAAGGAUGCUGCUGGCUUAGUCUAGCGCGGGAGGCGGAUGAACGAGUAAACAAAGGGGGCUCACCGGUUGUGGGAAGUGGUGGCGCGAGAGGAACGCAGUGAGGGAAGGAAGGAGGGUCUCCUUUGGGGAGGAGACCUCCGAGCUCGGACUUCCUUUCUCCAGCUACGUUGGAAAAAGCCUUUGUGGCCUUUUUUUCGAUACCGGCUUUGUGUGGCUGGUUAAAACUGCUGGGCUACGUUUCCUUCCCUUUCUGACUGUGCACAGCCGUUUAGUUUAUUUAGAUUUAGGGGCCCUGGGCUGCGGUCCCCCCAACAUUUUAUGUUCUUCGGGCUUUGCUGGGUGGAUGAAGCCUGCCGCCACGCGCUAGGUGGCGUAGUUACUGAGGUUUUCCUUUGCCAGGGUAUCUAAAAAGGCCGGGAGGCGCAGGAGGGUUGGCGGGGGGUGGGCAGCGGUUUGAGAAAGAAAUUCUUCGAGGCAAAAUUAUAAAGGAAAUGAAUUGGGUAAGAUGAAAAAUCUUUGGAACGGAAGCUUCGGUCUUAGUAGAAAUUUCAGUGGGUAUGAAGGACCAACCCAGCAGCUCUCCUUUAAAAAAAUUAAUCUAAAUCACCUUCUUGGCGGCAACCGGAUCUUCGUACGUUUCACGGAAUCCAGAACACUGGCUGAAAUUGCAAAAGCAGAGCUGGAUGGCACCAUUUUGAAGAGCAGACCUCUCCGAAUUCGCUUUGCUACACAUGGAGCAGCCUUAACUGUCAAGAACCUUUCUCCAGUUGUUUCCAAUGAGCUUCUAGAACAAGCAUUUUCCCAGUUUGGUCCAGUAGAGAAAGCUGUUGUGGUUGUAGAUGAUCGUGGUAGAGCUACAGGAAAAGGUUUCGUAGAAUUUGCAGCAAAACCUCCUGCACGAAAGGCUCUGGAAAGAUGUGGUGAUGGAGCAUUCUUGCUAACAACGACUCCCCGUCCAGUUAUUGUGGAGCCCAUGGAGCAGUUUGAUGAUGAAGAUGGCUUGCCAGAGAAGUUAAUGCAGAAAACGCAACAGUAUCAUAAGGAAAGAGAACAGCCUCCACGUUUUGCUCAGCCUGGGACAUUUGAAUUUGAGUAUGCAUCUCGAUGGAAGGCUCUUGACGAAAUGGAAAAGCAGCAGCGUGAGCAGGUUGAUAGAAACAUCAGAGAAGCCAAAGAGAAACUAGAGGCAGAAAUGGAAGCAGCUAGGCAUGAACACCAAUUAAUGCUAAUGAGGCAAGAUCUAAUGAGGCGUCAAGAAGAACUCAGGCGCUUGGAAGAACUCAGAAACCAAGAACUGCAAAAACGCAAACAAAUACAACUAAGACACGAAGAAGAACAUCGUCGUCGUGAAGAAGAAAUGAUAAGACACCGAGAACAGGAAGAACUUAGGCGACAGCAAGAGGGCUUUAAGCCAAACUAUAUGGAGAAUAGAGAACAGGAAAUGAGAAUGGGUGAUAUGGGUCCCCGUGGAGCAAUAAACAUGGGAGAUGCGUUUAGCCCAGCACCUGCUGGUAACCAAGGUCCUCCUCCAAUGAUGGGUAUGAAUAUGAACAACAGAGGAACUAUACCUGGCCCACCUAUGGGUCCUGGUCCUGCCAUGGGACCAGAAGGAGCUGCAAAUAUGGGAACUCCAAUGAUGCCAGAUAAUGGAGCAGUGCACAAUGAUAGAUUUCCACAAGGACCACCAUCUCAGAUGGGAUCACCAAUGGGUAGUAGAACAGGUUCUGAAACCCCUCAAGCAUCAAUGAGUGGUGUAGGUCCUGUGAGUGGUGGUCCUGGCGGAUUUGGUAGAGGAAGCCAAGGGGGCAACUUUGAAGGCCCUAAUAAGCGCCGCAGAUAUUAAAUAUUCUUUCAUUUCUGGCUACUUAGAAAAAGAAAUUCAGUGGUAUGCCUUUACACUUUUACCUGUUACCUGGAAGAAAUCGUUUUAUUGUUAAUGUAUGUAGACUUCAAACUUUUCUUUUGUAUAACUUGAGGUUUUGUAUUUUUCUUUAUUCAUAAGCUUUGUAGAUUAGAAUGGUAAUGAUGAUGCUCAUCAUUGUGAAUGUUAAAAUGUGUUUGUAACUAUAACUAAAUAUAAGUAUUCCACAGUAUUGUGAAAUCUGUGUAGCUCAUCUCAAUAAAGAAAUAAUUUUGAAUAA